AUGGCAAUAACAAUAGAAAAUAUUCAUGAAAUUAAGAAAAAAUGUUUUAGAAGAGUUUUUGUGUCGACUGUGGAUGUGGAUGCUGUUCUCGGUCGCACAGCGUCUUUACCAUGUGACGUCACACCGGAUGCUACAGAAGAUCGCGUAUACAUGGUUUUGUGGUUUAGAAAGAGUGGCGGAAAACCAAUAUAUAGUUUCGACGUACGUGGAAGAUCCUUCAAUAAAGCACUGCAGUGGUCAGACCCUGGAGCCUUCGGUCCUCGAGCGUACUUCGCGACCGUGGCACGGCCUGCUUCUUUGACACUUAGCUCUGUGCAAUUGGAUGAUGAAGGCAUCUACAGAUGCAGAGUUGACUUCAAGAAUUCCCCUACUAGAAACUUCCAAAUACGGCUCACUGUUAUUGUGCCACCACAUCAGAUGUUACUUUACGAUAAGUCAGGUGCCGACGUAUCCGGCAUUGUUGGACCGCUGGAGGAAGGAUCAGCUCUUGUAUUGGUUUGCGAAGUACGCGGAGGUCGACCCGAGCCCGUAGUUACGUGGCUGGUAAAUGGCAAGCCAGAUCUUAAAUACAUCGGAGUGAAGACAGACACACACGUCAUAGUUAACCGGUUGGAAGCCCAACAACUAACUAGGGACAGUCUCAAUACGACCUACAAGUGUCGAGCUACGAACACUCAACUUGUACCGCCGCAAGAAAAGUCAGUGCGGUUAGAAAUGAACUUGGCUCCUCUAUCUGUGUCUCUACUGAAUCGGCCACAGCAGCUGCUGGCUGGUUCAGCAGUUACACUUCAGUGUGUCUCAGAAGGAAGUAGACCACCAGCUCUUAUCACAUGGUACAAGGAUAACAGAAUUUUUGAGAAAGAGAGGAUUGUUGAACGAGCUAACGAAACGUGGUCAGUUAGUUCCUUGGUCUUCCAUCCGGCGCCUAGUGACAAUGGAGUCACGGUAAAAUGUGUAGCUACGAACCUGAGACUUCCUGCAAAGGCAAUUGACGAUCAAUUUGAAUUAAACGUUGUAUAUAGUCCCUUGGUGACGUUGACUUUGGGCAGCACUCUGAACCCUCAUGAUAUAAAGGAGGAAGAUGAUGUCUACUUCGAAUGUAACGUUCGAGCCAAUCCAAAGGAAUAUAAGAUAUCUUGUAGUCGAUCGCUAGUCUUACAAAGGCUGACUCGACAAGAGGCAGGACUGUACUCAUGCAAGGCGACCAAUGCAAGGGGCGAAACAUCCAGCGAGGCAGUUCGACUAAGGGUGCAAUAUGCACCUGUGUGCGGAAUGGCCUCACCCCAAGUGAUUGGCGCUGCACUUGACGAGUCGUUGCAUGUGCAGUGCUCAGUGCACGCGGAUCCUGCCGACAUCACGUUUUUGUGGCAGUUCAAUAACAGUGGAGAGAGCUUUAACGUAUCACCUGCGAGAUAUGGUACAUUAAAUGGAAGCACAAGUGAGUUACGAUAUACACCAGCAAGUGAGAGAGACUAUGGAGCCCUCACCUGCAGAGGGACAAACGCGGUCGGACGACAACUUCAGCCUUGUAUCUUUCAAAUAGUGCCAGCUGCUCGUCCAGCUCCGCCUCGAAACUGUACAAUAAUCACGGGAAAUGACUCAAGUUGGGAGGAAUUCCAUAGAAAAGACAUCAUUGUCUACGUGGCUGUACGAUGUGUGACUGGGUAUGAUGGUGGACUACCCCAGCUCUUGAUUCUUGAAGCCUUCGAUUCGAUUACUGGAGUAACAAAAUUUAACGUUACAGCUAAUGAAACUGAUGGGGUGGCUGUUUUCCUGAUGCCUGCAGCAGUAUUAUGGUCCAGUGGAAGUUCCCUUCGGUUAACGGUUCACUCGCAAAACGAUAAAGGCGCUUCAGAACGAGUGGUUUUGCAGGCCCUUUCCUAUCAAGACCCAGAAAGGAGAACAGAUGGAAGUCAAAGUACAAUGGCUGGGGUGUCACGCGGUGCUUUUUUGGCAAUCGUCAUCACAGUACUAUUCUGCUCAAGCGUUGCCGUACUCGUUGGCUAUUUUCUUAGGAAACGAAGAAGCGGUACUGUCACAAAACAACAAACGCCAGAGCUUCAGCUUAAUGCAGCGGAUGGGCAAUAUGUUGUGGCUUACACAUUGAAGCCAGCAAAACAUACACAACCAGACAUUUUAAAUCCACCACCAGAUGGGAGCCCUCCAAUCGAGAGUGUAGAAGCUGUCAAAAAUGGCGCCCUCAAUAGUGACGAGUGGACCAGCGAGCGGAGCUCCAAUUCACAGGAACAACGAAAUUCGUUGGCGUCGCCCAAAAGUACGUCGAGCAAAGCAACAUUAAGUACAGCAACGUUGAGCAGAAGGGAACACUUAAUUGCGGAAGAAAUUCCGGGACCAGAGAGUUGUGUAUAA